AUGUCUACUUUUUCGUACGCACAGGCCGCCAAGGGCACCACCGGGACACCGACCCCGUCCAAGACACCAUCAGAGUCAGAGAAGAUCGACACCAAAGUGGAGGAGCAGACAAUCACCGAGACCACAACGGAAAGCGCACCGGCCCCAAUUGAGUCCGAAGUCCCUCAAAAAUCCGAGGUAGUCGCAGAGGAGAAGGACGAUGACUUCACCACCGUUACCAACAAACACGCUGCUAAGUCCAAGGCUUUGAACUCCCGAACAUCCAGCCCGAGCGUUCGCACUGGCUCCAAGCCGCGCAAGUCCAAGGAUGAUGAGUCUUCAAAUACCGCGAAUGGCAGUGCAGAUGCCACAGAGAAGCAGGCUUCUACCGAGGGACAGACCGAGAAGGCCGAGGGCGCCGCAGAGAAGUCAAAUGACAAGUCCGAGGAUUCCGAGAAGAACGAACCUCCCAAGGAGCUGAAGGCCGCUCCUCUCCCUUCAGUCAACAUUUGGCAACAGCGUAAGGAGGCACAGGACCUCAAGGUCAAGACUGUGCCCAAGUCCGUCCUAAACGGCAAGGCUUCUUCCACCAAAGCGGCUUCGAGCGCCGAUGAUACCCAGCAAGACUCCAAGGCCUCUAAGAAGAAGGGUGGCGAUUCCGCAUCCGAAGGCACCAAGGAUCGCAAGAAGACCGAGGGUGGAAAGGGACGUGACGCCGGAUCAGUUCCCUCAGUAGAGGAUUCCACCGCAUGGCCCACCCCCCAGGUUGCUAUCGGCGAAGAGAAGAAGAAGGCUCAGGAGAAGACCGACAAGAGCCCUGUCAUCAGACCUCAUGGCAAGGAGAAGUGGACCCCCGUCCCUUACGUUCCUACAGCCGUUUUCAACACCCCUCUCCCAUCCGCCGGUGGAGGUGGUGGUGGCCGUGGAGGCAGACGGGCCACUCGUGGUGGCCGUGAUAGUGGCCGCGGAGCUCACGGCAAUGGAACUGCUGGUGCUGACAAGGUUGCCUCUGGUCAGGCAACUCAAAACACAAAGCAGGCAUCUGGAGAGCGAGGACGCCAAGAUUCUAGCACUGGACGUGCUGCUUCCCUCCCUGCUCAGUCAAGACGAUCCACAAGUACGGAUGCCGGCGCUGCAGCUGAUGCACGCAAGACCACCCAGCCCACCGAAGGAAAGCGCGGAGUUCGCAACGGAGAAGACAAUGCCCCCAGUAAGCAGGUAAACGGUGGAGAGAAUGUUCCCCGUGCCCAUCGUGAGGGCAAGCCCUUUGGACGAAACCAAGAUGCUCGCGCAGGUGACCGCCAGAAGGGCGGAAACUUGGCCGUUGACUCCCAAGCUGCUGCCCGCUCCAACGACCGUCGUUUCGAGGCCGGAUCAAAGUCUGCUGACCCUACCGGUUUCAACGAUUUCGGCCGUGAGCGCGGCGAAUUCCGCGCCGAGCGUGGAGGCCGUGGAUCCAACCGUGGCCGUGGUGGCCCUUACUCGAACUUUGGCGGCCAGAAUGCCCAAUUUGGUAACCCCGCUGUGUCUAACAACUCUUUCGCCGCAUCCAAGUCCUUUGGAUUCAACGACCGUCAGCGUUCGCAGCAACACGCUAUGCCCAAUGGCUCACAACAAGGAAAUCGUAUGCCCCUCCGAUCGCCCUCUUUGCCGAAUUCCGGAAAUGUUUAUGGUGUUUAUCCUUUCCCAGGCGACAUCAACACGAUGUAUGGCUACCCAGCUGUCAACCCUGCUCCGAUGAGCGCCAUUCCCUACCAGCAGUACAUGGAGCCAUUCUCGCUCCUCAAUAUGCUCUCCAUGCAACUGGAGUACUACUUCUCGGUUGAUAACAUGUGCAAGGACAUGUUCCUCCGUAAGCAGAUGGAUUCCCAGGGCUUCGUUCCAUUGAAUGUGCUCGCCAGCUUCAAGCGCGUCAAGUCCCUCACCGAAGACUUCGAACUUCUCCGCCAUGUGGCCCGCCAGCUUCGCAACGUUGAGUACCAGACCGGCGAGGACGGUGUUGACCGUCUGCGUCCCAGAGAGAAGUGGCAGCAGUGGGUUCUACCCGUGGAACAACGCGAACCUGCCGCUCAGCAUGACGGAGCUGCCCCUGCUGGAAAGACCGAUGAAAACAUCCCAAUUAACACCCACACCGAAAGCACUAUCAACGGAUCCGCUCCUCAGUUCGUUCCCAACGGUACUUCCGCUAGUGCCAAGACUUCCCUUUCGUCUACCGCUCCUGAGUUCAUGCCUUCCUUGCCACCCACGGCAGGAAAUGAAAUUGCCAAUGUAGGAUACCCCUUGGAUUUCCCUGUUUCCCCCGAAGAGUCGACCAUGUCAAGCUCCCCGUCUUUGCCUUUUCCCUGGGAUUAUUCAAUUGCUGACAAAACCUCAGCGCGCGGAUUAGACUCAAAGUCCGAACCUCCUUUCCCCUCUGAUUUCGAUGCAACCGUGGGUCUGAUGAGUUCUGACGCAGAAUGUUUCUCAUAUCAAGCGGGCGGUGCUGCUUGUCCCAUGGGAACGUUUUUUGCCAAAACAUAUCAUCAGUACAAGCCAAAAGGGAAGGGCCGUCCAAUUACAGAAACGCUUAAUGUUCCAAAAUCUUCCGAUGUGUCUCACGGUGAAUUUUUCAACGGCCGAGGCCGAUCGGUGGCCAGGAGAAAUGGUAUCGGAAUCUCUCAAUCUUACCAGUCCUUGUCAUCGAGCUUGGCACAAAAUUUCGAUUCCAACUUGUACAAUGACUUUAGGCGUUCAGCCCUUGAUGAUCUUUCUACACGACAUGUUGACGACGGGUUCAACGCGCUCAUUGACUUUUAUCGACACACUCUGAUUGACCGUGGCUCAAUCCCCGAUCUGGUGAUCAGGGACAUGGUCAAAAUUUCACAGCAAGGGCCGGACUGUCACGCUAUUAUAUCGAAUAUCGUCAAUGAUGCCCUUGCUAGUGGGGGAAUGAAGGGAAAAAACGAGAAAAAAGUCAGGAAAUCUUUCAAUACCCAGCACGGCAAGACGCCCGAAGAAAAGUUAUCAUGUUGA